ACCGAAGGAUGGCCCACGUGUUUGGAGGAUGACGGCUCCAAGACGUGGAUGCGGCGCGGGGACGACGCCGACAUCGGAUUCGUGCCGCAGAGGCGCGGCGUCACACACAUGUGCGAGCAUUUGGACAACGAAAGCAUAUGGAUCAACUCCUGGGACCGAGGGUGCGCCAGAUGUCCGUUGGGUUGGCCUCACGCCACCACAUGCGUCCGCGCCUGGCGCCAGUUUCUGCACCAUUACAGGCUGUUGGGCACCGGGGAGUACUGGCAGCAGGAGUUCGACGGCGUGUACCCUUACGAGGAGGAGGAAACAGACAUACUCAACUUACGAGGACAGGCGGAACUGCGCGACGUCCAGAUGCACAAGCAGUGGAACAGACGGCUGAUGCGGAUGCUGCGGCGCGCUCGAUCCAUGAUUCGUGAGCCCGGCAGGGCGACUGGGGGCUGGAACAUGCUGCCGCUGGACCUCGCCGUCGAGGAGGACUUUGGAUUAAGGCCGGAGGUGAUCGACGUGUCCUACGUGAACGGAAUCUACGAGGAGGGCGGAACACGAGCUGAAUCAGACGGCGAGAGACGAGAGCGGAAUGAUGAGGUGGUCAAUCGCGCCGAAGACGAGUGGAAAGGACACGUCCUGCCCUGCCACAACCAAGUGGGCGUCGAUGGAUUUCCCGUGAUAACCGCGCACAUGCCUCACGGGUGCCACCGGUACGGCCGGCCGCUCGCUCGAAAGGACCGCGUUCGCGCCGGGACGCUCCUCCCCGGCCCCUUGGAAUCCUCCCAACCCCGGCGCACGCCCCUCAACGAAGCCAACGCGUUUCGAUUCCGAGCGAUGAGCGAGUUGAAUUU